CCCUCCUCCCUUCAGCCACCCUAAAACCCACCAUGAAACCCUAGGCCAUGGCAGCUCUACCCUUUUUCUUCGCCCAACACCGCGGCUCCGCCGCUACCAUCAUCGCCCUAAUCUCCUGUUCCCUCCGACCACCCGCAGACCCAUGCUGCUGUUCACGACUACCCACGAAACUCCCUUAUCUCUCCCUCUCGUGCCACUUUCUCUCCUCCGCGCUGACCAACUACCACUAGCACCACCCACCUGAACCGCCACCGUUCCCUGCCGCUACUGCUCCCCUUCCUCCUUCCUCCUCCAACCCCCAAAACCACCCUGAUUUGAACACUUGUUCUAAAUUAUGAUUCCAAACCUCCCUGAUUUGAACCGUUUCUUCGCUAAUCUCCAUAAUCGACGACAUGGGUAUUCAAUCAUAGUGCAUAAUAGCAGCAGAUUUGCAAAAUCAAGGAACAGAAAAUCAACAAAAGUAAAAAAAAUCAAAGAAAAACCCAGGAAAGUGGUAAAAUGAAGCAAGAGAUCUGACCUAGGGGAGUUUUGCUAGCGGAUUUAGGCGAAAAAGAAGAUUAGGAGGGAGGUUGGGGUGGUUUCGCGAGCGACGUGGUUGUUUUCGGUGGAGUGGAAGGGGAAAGGGCUUUCCGGCGAGGUGGUAGCGGAAUCCUGCUGGGCUAGGGGGAUGAGGGGGUGGCUGGCAGGGAGGUGAGGGAAAAUAAGAGGGAAAAAUAAAAGGGGGAGUGCAAUUAUCCAACUGUAGGCUGCAAGUAGGGGUCAACGCCUGAAAUUGGGAGUCAAUGCCGGAAAAGAGAGCUCAGUUUUGCAGCUAAAAUAGCUGCACAAGGGUGCAGCAUAGACCAAUUGAAAACCCCAUAUAUAUUCGAGAGUUCUCCUUCAUCCCUCAAUCCCCCAGUCUAUCCAAAGGCAAGGGCGAUUACCUAGAGCAGAAAAGGAGAGAAAGAGAGAGAAAUGGAGAAAUACUUCGGAAAUGCAUACAGAGGAGACCCAGGAAUUCCACACACAGACCCAGAUCGUUUCUUGAACAUCUGGAUUGGUUCCGCUGCUUUCUCUGCUCUUGCCUGGUUCAAUACCUACAUGUGGCAACUCACCAAUCAAUGGAAUUGGCAUGAUAAAGCUAUGCUGUAUGAGCAGCACCACUGGAAGAAGGCCAUGGCUAAGAAGCAACCUUAUAAAUUCAAGUGGAAUGAAUACAUGGACAAAGAUGCUCGAGACUCUUACUACUUCAACUGGCCUGUAUAUUUUCCCUAGAAUAUUGUGUGAUCCUACUGCUACGUCAUGUUAUUUGGUCAUUUGGACUUAUUGUGUGAUCCUACUGCUUUGUCGUGUUAUUUGCUAAACUUUCUGGAGCAUCUCUUUGAUUUCUUUUAGCCUUUUAGGGCUUGAGGGGGGAAAGUAUCUGCAGUACAAAACUAUUAUUUCUGUUUUAUCUAUAUAAUCUGGAUAAAUUUUUGCCUACUUUAUCGGAAGUAAGACCCUGGAUUUUUUCUGUAUUGCC